UGCGGGUGCGAUAUUAAUCCCGGCUGAAACUGAAACUGCCGCAACUCCCGAGCUUUCUGGUGCGGCGUUCGCCCGUUCGACUCCUACGUUUGCGUUGCCAAAGCUCAGAAAUUGCACGGAGAAGACUGAAAAUGACCCGCGGACUGUUGUUCGGCACCAGCUCUGGCAGCCAGAGCCACAGCAAGUACCUGGUCGAAUUCCGAGCGGGCAAGAUGACCCUGAAAGGCAAGAUGGUCCACCCUGACAAGCGCAAGGGUACCGUGUACGUCCAUCAAAGUGACGACUCACUCAUGCACUUCUGCUGGAAAGAUCGCACCAGUGGUGCUGUCGAGGAUGAUCUUAUCAUUUUCCCUGACGAUGCCGAGUUCAAAAAGGUGGCCCAGUGCACGACGGGGAGGGUCUACGUUCUCAAGUUCAAGUCCUCGUCCCGGAGAUGCUUUUACUGGAUGCAGGAGCCCAAGAACGACAAGGACGAGGAGCUCGUGCGCAAGGUGAAUGAGUUCCUGAACAACCCGCCCAUGCCGGGGUCGUCCCGGGGCGGCGCUGGAGGGGCCGGGGGCUCCGGCACCAGCCUCCAGUCUGACCUGAACAACAUCGGGGAUGAGGAGCUGCAGAAUCUGCUCAACAACAUGAGCCAGCACCAGCUGGUGCAGCUGCUCGGCGGCAUCGGGGGCAUGAGCGGAGUAACCAACUUGAGUUCCCUUCUGGGCAGUAGCAGACCUUCGAGCCAGGGUGCCGGAUCCGCGAGCGCUGCCGCCAAUUCCUCCGACACGGCUUCGGCCGCGGCCGCUCCCGCUACCCCGGCCACCACCGCGAGCACCGCCACGACGGGCAACACGUCGACAACUUUGGGUGCCGCUGAGACUGCCACCACCACCACCACCACCACGACAGCGGCGGCAGCAGCUUCCGCAACGACCACUCCGGCGGCCGGCAGCAGUGCCGCGAGCAGUGCCGCCAUCCAGCUGAGCGACCUGCAGAACAUCCUCUCCGGAAUUAAGGUUCCACCGUCGGAGCAACCCAUUGGAGAUGCCGCCAAGGAGCCCUCAGUCAAUGUGGACCUGUCUGCGGCCAUCAGUUCGGAGGCGGUGCUCCAACCGCUGCUGAACAACCGGGAGCUGAUGGCCCGCGUGGAAGCCCUCCUCCCGUCUGCCACCGAGUCGAGCUCGCGACCAGACGUAAGCGAACAGCUCAAGGACACCGUCAAAUCCCCGCAGUUCCAGCAGGCCCUGAGCCUGUUCAGCGCGGCGCUCCAGUCCGGGCAGCUGGGCCCGCUGAUGCAGCAGUUCGGCAUGGAGCCCCAAGUAGUGAGCGCCGCCACGUCGGGAGAUAUGGAGGCCUUUGUGAAAGCGCUCCAGUCGUCCAAGGUCUCUCUGGAAGACAAGGGACAGAAGAAGGACGAUGCCGGGGACGAAGACAUGGGCCUCGACUGAGUCCCAGCACGGAUGCACCGCUUACUCGCGACACCCCCCUCCGAAGUUGACGAAAGAUUGGAACUAAUGCUGCAGCGAAUAAAUUCCGAGCAGUUUUCAGCUUCA